AUGACCCAAAAUCAAGAAGAAGUCCCUAGCAUUGAGCAGCAGAAAAAGCUCGAAACGUCUUUGCGUGAGGCGUUGAACCCAGACGGAAAAAACCCACAGGUUGACAGCGCCAUUUCAUCCACUUUUGAUUAUAUUCGGAAGCUGCUUGAAAAAAUGGAAAACUCUCAAGACAAGGACAAGACAGCGCAAGAAAUUGCCAACGAUUUGAAAGAUAAAUUUGACAAUUGGGCAGCGAAUCAAAAGCAGACCCAAAACAGUAAUGAAUCACACUAA